GUUCAAACUGAGUAGUAUGGGCAUUAAUUUUAUAGAAAAAACGGGAGUAGGAAUCUACUUUACCGACAAUUGUUAUGUCAUCUGUCAACCGGCUUGUCAACGUUUACAUUACUUCUUCAAUUCGUAAAAACAUUAAUUAAAUCAUGGAACACUUUUUUACUCUUCCUUUCUUGAUUCUCGAAGUGCCAAAUAUGAAAAUAAAACGGCCUUCGUGGCUACACCAGCCCUCGGCUAUGACAAUGUUUGCAAUAGUUUUAGCUUCCUAUUUUCUUGUAACUGGGGGAAUUAUUUAUGACGUAAUUGUGGAACCCCCGAGUGUCGGCUCGACGACAGACGAACAUGGUCAUUCAAGGCCUGUCGCAUUCAUGCCUUAUAGAGUCAACGGUCAGUACAUAAUGGAAGGUCUCGCGUCAAGUUUCCUUUUUUCCAUGGGUGGAUUGGGCUUUAUAGUUUUGGAUCAUAUCCAUUCUCCUUUAACACCAAAACUGAAUAGACUACUAAUAACAGCAGUUGGGUUUAUUUGUGUUUUGGUAUCAUUUUUCACGACUUGGAUUUUUAUGAGAAUGAAACUCCCGGGGUAUUUGCAGUCAUAAAUCUUGUGAUGAGUUUAUUAUUCUUAAUUGUAAGUUUGUACAAUUUUUAAUAAAUAAAAUUGUUUACUUUG